UAGUAACGAUUAUAUAAAAUUAAUUCGAAUAGUUGUGAAACAGGUGCACGCAUUUGCUAUGAGUGUGCGGUAUGAUCCUAAUCAAAGUUUUGCUCAGUUGAAAAAUUCGACGUGGAAAAUAUUUCAGGAUAAAUUCUAUCUGUUCCUGAAACAAAUGUUAAACCGCUGGCCGAUGGAUCACAACUUCAUUCUGAUUGUCGAAAUGUGGUUGAGUUUUAUUCAACCUUGGCGAUACGACAGAUGUAACCCUCCACAAAUCGACGCCGUGGAAAUAAAUCAUCAAUGCAAAGCUUUUAUAAUGGAUAAUAUUCUGGCGUAUACACAAACUUUUCAACAAAUUUUAGCAAGAAUCGAAAGGUUAGAUCUUGUUGUGUCCAAAAAUGCUUCACUUUUAUACAGAGUUGCAAAGGUUUUUUCGCGUCAACCAUUACCAAAGAUUCUCUUCGAAAUCGAAAUAGCCUUAACAGAGCCUUCACCUGAAUCACCAACGCCUGGUAAUAGAUCGGGAAGCCCCAAAUUCAACCAGAGUUUUAAUGAAAAUUUGAGAAUUGCCGAUGCCAUCAGACAACGAGUAUUGCAGUUGGAGGGCCCUGAAUUCAAAUACAAGAGCAUGUUCCGGAAAACAAACAUAUUAGAGAUUGCAAAACUUUUAAAACACAUGCAAGAAUGCAUCAACAAAUCAAAACAACAAGUCGCUAUUUUGGAACACACUUUAAAGCUACGUAAAACAGGUUUCAUGAAUUACAUAAAAUACAUGCUCGACAUGACCGAGUCUUCUGAUUUGGAGCACUCCAUCGCCGAGGGAAAGAAAAUUCCUGGAUAUUUAGAAGUGUCUUCGCAGUAUUUGUGCCAAAUUUUUAACAUAGACUACAGUGAAUUGAAAUUGAGAAUAAAUCAACAGUUGAAAGAUUCCGAGACUUUUACGUGUGAUCCGACGACGUCUUUUGAGGGAACAAGUUUUAAUAGCAUUCAUUCCACGGGUUCACAUUUUGUUUUGAAUUAUGCACAGGUUAAAGAAUACGCUCGCAAUAUGAAAUACAUGGGUGAUCCCGAUUUGAUACCGCCAAGCAGUUAUGAGAUGAAAUUUGUGGUCGACAAAUGUUUUGCUCUAAGUCGAUACUUAAAUUGCAAGUACGGGACCGAAUUCAAGGAUCUUUGGUUCAAUGAUAAAUUCGUGGGAAGUGUUGCACGACAGAUUUUGAUGCCUCCAAUGAUUGCCAGGUAUUUUGCGAGGACCAAAUUUGACUACAGUUCCCUCGAGACCAAAGUUCUGCCGCCUCGACUAUCUCUACGGCCCUUGGCCAACAUGAAAUCCUGGUUCUACAUCGCCAUCAUACUUCUCUUGGGCCAACUGAUAGGAUACUCAUGCUGCACCACAUCCCUUUUUCUCCUGGUAAUAUUCGUCAUUUACAUCCUGGCCCUUGCAAGUUUCUGGGACACCGGAGUCAUUUCCGAGGUGGAAAUAGCGGCUAAAAACGCCUUGCCUAAAAUUAAAAUCGCCCUUGGCGACGAUAAGAAAAAGUUGUAGUAAAUGAUUGAUGGAUUGGAGGUUAGUUU